UAAGUAGCAGUGGGGGGGGUAUACACACCGAAAAAAAAACGGUAAAAUGUCAUAUCUGUAAUAAAAUAAUGAACCCGAUUCGAUUAUUAUUCUAAUUAAAAAAACAGAUCGGCCGUGUUAAUUAGAAAUUACCACUAUCCCAAAUCCGAAAAAACGCCCCUUUCGGCCCAGUAACUAGUGCUCUUAACCGGUCGUAACAUUAAAAUAAACGGAAAAGCCAAAAGACUGUCGAUAAAAGUGAAUGAACUUUUUGUCAACCCGUCCCAGCUGUCAAUUCGUGUGUUAGGAGGCACCGGACCCGAAAGUAUUAAAAAAAUCAAAUUUCCUUAAAAUCCGGAUAAAAGCAACAAUAAAACCGAAGACCCCGAUGAUGUUUAAACGAUGCUCGGACGGUAUUUUAAGGUGUACGCGCGUCCCUCGCCCGGGAUCAUAGAGAAAGUUUUAAAUUUGCGAGCAGUUGUAGUCGUGCUAGUAGCAGGUGGAAUGACUUGAUUGUUUAUCGUCGGAAACCCAAACAAAAAUUACGUGUUAACAGGGAUGGUUUUUAACGGAAAAACGCUUCCCGACUAAUCACCGUUCAGCCAGUAUGAAAUGCAUAUUUCAAAAGUUCAAAAUACCAUCUUGACAAAAUGUACAAACAUGUCAGAGGAAAGCCACAGAAGAUAUGGCAUGAAUGGAGCUGCUGAAAGAAUUCCAAAGGAGUGCCACAAGCCUAAUUAUGGUCAGGGAGGACGACUUAAAUUCUUUAAAGAUGGCAAAUUUAUCUUGGAGCUGGCGAGGGCAAGGGAGGGCGAGCGAGUGUCCUGGGUGUCUGUGCAAAGAAAAACCUUUUGGCCACCUCCGGGUCCCACCUCCUCCACCCCCGCUUAUCGUCAGGAGAGCAGCACCUCACUCAGCGUUUCAGACGAUAACAGUUCGAUCCAGUCCUCCCCGUGGCAAAGGGACCACUCCUGGAAACAAACGAUGCCCAAACGUAACAUUUCCCAGGAGAUGGUCAUGUUUUUUUGGCGUCCGAAGUCGAAAAGAUGCCCUUCAACCGGUGGCGGGGGCUCGUGGGGCAUCCGAAGAAGGCGGCGGCCCCUCUCCACGGUCCAAGAGGAAGAAGAGCACGAGGAAAUAAAAGUCCGAAAGGGGAAAAAGAGACAGCCGCUGUUGAAUAUCGUGCAAACCUUGUUGGAGAAAACGUUCAGGGCGAGGUCUUUGUCUUGUAGUACGCCGCCCAGGCCGGAGACGGUGGUGUCGCCGCGGAAACGUUUUUUAAUGGAAAUGGAGAGGGAACGGACCCCGUCCGCUUCUAGCAGUCCCACCUCUGAUUGGCCCAGUUCCAGUGAGGACGGAUCGACUAAUUCUGCUCAAAAACGAAGUCGGGUGCGUUCCCAAAUACCUACCGGACGUCCCGCCUCGCGAACGCCCCCUUGCGCCCUAAUAAAAACCGAACCCGGUGAAAGUUUAGCGCAGCAGCAGCAGCAGCAACCCGUCACGACCGGUACCCCCGUAAGAAGUAACGGAGUAAUCGAAGAAACCCCAGUUAAUUCGCCCAAGGCGUCCAGAAAUUGUAGUUAUAGUAUAACCUCGCUAUUGGCCGAAGAUCAUCACAAGAAUAACUUGAGAAGUUCCCCGAGCAAUUCGCCCAGUCGAUUUUCCCCGGUGGUGUCGCAUAUACCCACGAUGGCGGCCUCUCCCGGUUCCCGUUAUUGUUCCCAUUUGGCGGUCGAGGAUCGCCUUUAUUCGGAAAGCGUCGAUAAAUUGCGGUCCAUUGAAUUAUCGCAAGUGGAAAAAUGCGGUUAUCCGCCACCCUACGCCCCCCCACUCCAACACUACUUGGCGGCCAGUCCGAGCCCGUACCUGUAUCCGUUCCCCAACGUGCCGCCCCCGUACUACGCGCCUCACGCCGGCAUUUACGGCGGCAAUAGGGCGCCGCAAUAUCUGGUGCCGCAACCGAUUUACCCCCACCAUCAUCCGCAGCACCAUCAUCAUCAUCUGGUGGCGCCCCAAGCGGUGGCGCCGCCCCCUCUUAGGAGAGACCCGACGCCACCGAAGGCGGCGUGGGCGUCGGGGCACCCGCCCACCGAUCGAGGUCACGGCAGGGACGUUAAGGUGGAGGCGGCGCGGGAUGAGAACGGAGCCGAUAUGCCCCUGAACCUUUCGAAGCAUCCUGUAUAAGAAAAAAGUGCCUUUUGGACAGUAAGUUAUAAUUUAGCGCACCCUUGCAAUAUUCACAAACACGUAGAAUAAGAAACGGCAAAUAUAAGUAACCAAAUUAGUUGUUGAUGUAUAUUAAGAGACUGUCAAACGGAUAUUGUUUUUUUUUACAUUGAAACGUAUAGUCAAACGAAAGCUACGACGGGUUACUUUAUGUAAAUGUAUAUAAAAGUAUUGUAUAUAAGUAAGGAAACAUAUCAGUUUUAUAUUUAUUAUGUUUUUUUUUUGUUGACGUCUUAGUUAGAUGGUGUGUAAUCAAAAUAGAAUUUUGCUUUAAGCAAGUCAUCCAUAUAUUUUCCUUAAAAACAAAAAUGUUUUUGUAAAUAUUUUUUUAUUAUUGUAGAGCUUAAAGAGUGCGGAAAUAAAUAUUUUCGUACCGUGUAAUCUAAAAUAAAAAGACAAUACUUAGGUAUAGUAUGGUAUAAUUUUUGUAUAUUUCUUGCAUACGUUGUUACAGUUUACUUGGCAAGAACGAUAAUAACGUAACGUACUUAAAGUACCGUUUUAUUUUUACGCCUCAAGUCAUAAAUUUUACAGCUAAGACUGGGAAUUUAAUUAACGUUAAAAAAAUCUUUUGUUUUUUUUUCUUAGUUAAUACUUGUGCCAUUCACCACUCUUACAUAAUAAUAAUAAAAGUAAAACGAAAACCAAACGAAUCUCACUUUUGUAGUAUAGACUAAUUUAACGCGCCGCGAGAAGUUAAACUCCCUAAAAGUGGUAAAUAAUUUACAACUAAAAGUUGAUUUUAUUAAUUCGAAGUCAGAUUGGCACUAUUGUGAUACGACUAAAUAAUAUUUUUAUAACUGAAAUAAAAAAUCUAAUUUUGAACUGAAUUUCUACUUCUAUUUGUAUUGUGUAUAGUGAAAUAAACAUUUUUAAAUAUA